AUGAAUUUUGAGAUUGAGAGCACAUUUAUGUGUAGGCCAGAUGUGUAUGUGUGCACAACAGGAGUAUCUGCAUGUGAGAAGGAGUUGAUACGCAGUCAGCUUCCAAAGCACGUUAUUCUCGAAGAUGUGCUAUCUGAAAAGGUGAACUAUUUGGCUACAUACAAGGCAACAAUGACUGAUAAGUAUGUCCAGGCAUUGGGUUGGAGUAUGAAGAUAGUUGAUGUGAGAUGGUUAUAUGAUGUUGAUGGAGCAAUCAGAAGGUAUGAGAUGCAGCCUUUUGAGGGUGCCACCUUCUCAACAUCUGGUUUACUCAGCGACUCAGUUGUGAACUAUCAUCUGCUGCUUGGUGGCAUAUUCACACAGAAUUUGAUGAUAUCAACUGACUUUCUAAUUGCUUCAGCUGAUGAUGAUAGUAAGGUUGAGUUUAGCAAGAGAUACGAGAUUCCAAUAGUCAAUCCUAGCGAUGCAUUCAAAGGGGAGUAUGGGAUAUACAAGAGAGAUCCUUACUUUGAAGCAGUUGCAAUGGCUGAAGGGCUGGUUUUUGACGAAAAGGUGUUUUUCCUGGAUGCUAGAUUGCCCAGGGUGCUUUUCAAUCAGCUGCGGAAGAUGAUUGUAUCUAAUGGUGGAACCAGGGUAUCUGAGAUUGACAAAGACGUUGAUUAUAUCUUGGCAUUUGCAUAUGAAGGUUUUGAGAAGCAUGGACACAAGGUUUAUCAUUAUCAAUAUGUGUUUGAUUGCAUUGAAUCAAGAGCGGAGCUUUUUGCAGGAGCAUACAAGAUGUAUCCCAUAAACAAGAAGCCAGUGCUGAGCAAUGCGGUGUGUUGUAUAAAUGCAGGAUGCAAGGAUGGAGGCAAUGUAGCAGAAAUUAUCAACAAGCUGAAGGCAUUGGGUGCCAUAGUAAGAGACAAGCCCGAUGCAAGCUGCACACAUAUGAUAGUUGAUAAUAAAGAUGAAGCUCAAGAUGGUAGAAGACGUCCAUACAAGGUUGUUUUAUCUGAAUGGGUCAAUCAGUGUCUUGGAUUGAUGAGGCACGUCAGAGAAGAGAAGUAUUGUGUUGGGAUGUCAUCAGGCUCUAUGUAUGCUUUGAGCAGGGAUAGAAUGAAAGUUACAACGCAUGAAUGCAAGAUGCUAUUCCAAUUCACAGGGUUAUCUCUGUUUCUGAAGAACAAGGCUAUUGAGAAGCUUGAUGAGCUAGGAGUUGGCUUCAAGGAUACUGAUAGAUAUGAUGGAUGUACGCACUUGAUUAUGGGAGUGGUGAGUACAUCUGAAAAGCUACUUUCAUGCAUAAGCAAUGGAAAGUGGAUUCUGAAGCCGAGUGUUAUAGAUUGCUUUGAUGGCUCGCAUGAUUUUGAUUUUUCAGAGCAUGAAUGGAAGGAUGAUGGAUGUAUUGCAGAGAAAGACAGAAAGAUUGUGCUAUCGAUAUGCAAAUGGAGGGAAAGGGUAAAGAUAACAGGAAAACCUGCAUUCCAUCGCUGGGUUGUGAAGCUUCUGUGUGAAGAACAAAAGAGAGAAGGAUAUGCCAGAGUGAUUGAGAACGGGGGAGGAAGAAUCACAGAUGCAGAGGAUUACACGCACUGCUUUGUGUCAAGGACAUAUGAUGGAUAUAAUCCUGCAGAGAAGAGUUACAGCACCGAUUAUAUAUUUUCGUAUCUAUUUCGAUAG